CACGUCUAACACCUUGUUUUAUUUUAACAUUAAGCCAUGUAAAAACCUUGUUUGUUUGUUUGUUUGUUUGUUUGUUUUAAAUGCGCUGUUAGACUGCAGUUAGCUGGAUAUUAAAAUGAUCUUUUAGCUAGAGAUGAUAUGAGUGAUAAAUCCAGGAGACUUCUUCAGUCCGGCUGGAAAGAGGUGUAAAAGUAGAGCUCCGCUGUAGCCCGGCUCCUGCAGUCAUGAUGGCCGAGCUGUGCGCGCUGAGGCUCGGCGUGCUGUGCGCGCUCCUGUGCGCGUCUGCGUGCGUGUCGGUGGAUGCGGAUCUGGAUCCGGUGCGUCCGGAGUCUGCGGUGCUGAAGCCGCGGGUGAUGAUCGCGGUGUUGGCCCGGAACUCUGCUCACAGCCUGCCGCACUUCCUGGGCUGCAUCGACCGCCUGGAGUACCCCAAAGAGCGCAUGGCCAUAUGGGCAGCAACAGAUCACAACAUGGACAACACCACAGCCGUGCUGAAAGAGUGGAUGAAAUCGGCUCGGAGGCAAUAUCACUACGUGGAGUGGAGACCGAUGGAGGAGCCGCGCUCUUAUACAGACGAGUGGGGGCCCAAGCACUGGCCGCUGUCCCGAUUUAACCACCUCCUGAAGCUCAGACAGGCUGCUCUGGAGGCCGCACGCCACCGAUGGGCCGACUACAUCCUGUUUGUAGACAGUGAUAAUCUGCUGACUAACCCGCGUGUGUUGGACCUCCUGAUAGCGGAGAAUCGGACUCUGGUGGCACCCAUGCUGGAAUCACGUUCUCUCUACUCCAACUUCUGGUGUGGCAUCACCCCUCAGGGCUACUAUAAGCGAACCCCGGACUAUCAGCCCAUCCGUGAGUGGAGGCGUCUGGGCUGCUUCCCUGUUCCCAUGAUUCACUCCACCUUCCUGCUGGAUUUGAGACGCAGCUCUUCUCGCGCGCUGGCCUUCCACCCGCCACAUCCCGACUACAGCUGGGCCUUCGAUGACAUCAUGGUGUUUGCUUUUUCCACUCGCGAAGCAGGUGUACAGAUGUUUGUGUGUAACAAGGAGCACUAUGGUUUCCUACCCAUUCCUCUGAAGGCCCAUCAGAGUGUAGAGGAUGAAGAGGAAAGUUUCACACACACCAUCACCGAGGCACUCAUUGACCACCAAGUCGAGCCUUCAGAGUUUGUGUUCGUUCCUCCAAAAACUCAGGAUAAGAUGGGGUUUGAUGAGGUCUACCUGAUUAAUCUGAAGCGGAGGAGAGACCGGAGGGAGCGGAUGUUGAAUUCUCUGGCCGCUCUGGGUGUGGUGGUCACUAUCAUCAACGCUGUGGAUGGCAAGGCUCUGAACUCGUCUCAGCUGCACGCCUUGGGGAUCGAGAUGAUGCCGGAUUAUAAAGAUCCGUAUUCAGGCAGGGUGCUGACCAGAGGAGAGAUCGGAUGCUUCCUCAGCCACCACUCUAUAUGGACACAGAUGGUCGAGAAGGGUCUGGAAAGGGUGUUAGUUCUGGAGGAUGAUGUGAGAUUUGAGCCCAGGUUUAAGAGGAGGCUGCAAACCAUCAUGAAGGAUGUGGAGAAGGUUCAGCUGGACUGGGAUCUCAUCUAUGUGGGGCGUAAGCGGAUGCAGGUGGCGCAGCCCGAGCUCUCUGUGGAUGGAGUGAAUAACCUGGUGGAGGCUGAUUACUCGUACUGGACGCUUGCGUACGCUCUCUCUCUGAACGGAGCCAACAAACUGCUCUCAGCUCAGCCCUUCACGCGCAUGCUGCCUGUGGACGAGUUCCUGCCCGUCAUGUUCAACAAACACCCCAAUACGGCCUACAUGUCCCACUUUGAGAAGCGGGAUUUGCGAGCGUUCUCGGUAGAGCCGUUGCUGGUUUACCCGACACACUACACAGGCGAGCCGGGUUACUUCAGCGACACUGAGACGUCCACCAUCUGGGACGACGAGGCCGUCAGUACGGACUGGGACCGAUCCCACGCUCAGAAAACCGCCCAACAGGGCCGCAUUCGGCCCAUCGCCCAGAACAGUGUGACUGGGGAAACGCCACCUCCUGCUGCCCGUGCAUCACGAGACGAACUGUGAAAAGACUCUAGCAAGAAAGAUGUCUAUGAAGGUUUUUAGGUCAUGUACAAGAGUAAGUCAAUAACUAGACUGUACUAUGAUUUUAAAUAUGUUUUAGCACUCAUGCAAGGCUCUUCAUCAGCUCAAUAGAAAAUAAUAGAAUUGUUAGCACACAUUGCCUCAAAGCAGCUCAGCUAACAUCACAGGUUUGAUGGCAGUAGUAGGGAGGUUGAAGGAGGAAGAAAACUUGUGAACCAAGAUUCCGAAGGGGCAAGAUGAAAGAAAAUACUUAAAUUGUAUAGGAUUCCCAGUUUCUACGGCAUAUAAGUGGAUGGUUAGCAGUUAGCAUAGCAGUACGCUAAUUAUUAAUGGAAUUAUGCUCUGGGUAAAGGCAGGUUACUUGUGCAACGCUUAAUGCUCAAUCAAAGAAAAAGAAACAGGGUUUUGUACAAGAUCGGAACCGGAGGUCAAAGACCCUGACUGAUGGUGCAGAAGCUUGUAGACCCUCUUAUCGCGAACAUCAGUACUCUGGAAAUUUCCCACUGCUCUGUAUAACUGAUGAAGAACCUCCGACGAGUGUUGAAACAUUUUCAAGAUGUCGGGAGAGACCUACACACAUACCCACAAGCUCACACUCCCACGGGAUUAACAAAUCACAAUCGUUACCCAUCAGCUACCUCCCUCAUUUGCUGGCUGUUCAGCCAAUAGCAUUGCAGCAGGCUGAGAUGCUCAGACAUGGUUGGCUAACACCUGUGGUAGGCGAAGAAGCAAAGGAAGAGGGGGACAAAGGCUCAUGUUUUAAGCCCACUUUAUUUAUUUCCACAGACGGUGUCACUGGAAUUGUCUGUCUGCCUGUCCACAGAUUUGUCCCUGGAGGAUGUUGUGAGACACCUAUAAAGACAGACAGACAAACAAUUACACAUACAAGUGACACGCAUACAUUUGGCAGUAUGAACAAAAAUGAUCACAAAACAUUUGGCGUUUUUUAUUUAACUGUAAAUAAAAACUGAUGAUGUCUAACCGGACGCAGGUGUUGAAUAAAAAAGAGAACAUCUCUG